CAUGUUCCCAUGGGAAAAUCUACCGUCGGAGGAGGACCGAUCCCACAACAGCGGCCCCCAGCAGACGCAGGACUGUCUGCGUCAAACCAGGACGGUGACGGGACGCGCACGUCGUCUCGCCAUUGUUGGAGACUCCAGAGGCCGCGCCAUUUACGCCAACAUGCUGAACGUCACAGAUCCGAUGCAGCCCGUCUGGCAGCGACCUGAGAACAUUACCGGAGAGGUUAAUGCGGUCAAUUUUACACUAUUUUCACCCGGAUUAGAGCCUCAGACCUUCUGCUCAAAGGGCCUGUGCUCAAGUAAUGCCACCAACGAGUUUGUUGAAUUUCAGUACCAUUGGAGACCAUUCGCAGACCGACAUCUAGUGGAGACAUUGCAAACUUUAGCUGUUGAGUGUGCCACAGAGCGGCGCAAGUGUCCGGAUAUGGUGUUACUCAAUAACGGCAUCUGGUACUCGGGGAGGGUGCCAUACAUGUUCCAGUUCCAUCAGUGCGAGCAGUUUACCAUGUUCCGCCGGGGACUGCAGCGCCUGGUGCCGCCCCUAAUUCAGCUGGCGCGGCGCACCCUCACCGUGUGGAAACUGGAAGAAGCGAUGCUCUUCGAGUUUGUGCGUGACAAACAUGAACCCGAGCUGACCAAGACGGAGUACAUGGCGCUCGUCGUGAUUCAGCAGGCUCUGGUGUACGAGAUGAGCUUGCAGGUGCCGGAGCUGGUGAUCUGGUCCUCUCUUCUACCAGAAGUAACCCGUCACAUGUUUCACGUGUGCGCUCGGGCGCCGCCGGACGGCUGGCCGGAGUGUCCCGACCCGGUGCAUAUGGGAAAAUACCUGCAGGACAGCUUCUGCAGUACCCUGCUGAGAGCCCUGUGCGUACGAGCGAGAACAAAGCGACGGUAAUGGUGGCAGGCAGUGACUGGAAGUGGAGGCGGUGUUCGAAGGGUGAGCUGAUAGUGGACGUUUGCCAGACGAUAGCGUUGAACCUGAGGUAUACGGUAAUUGAAGGUCAACAAAGCACUGACCAGCGCGGUGCCAGGACUGUCAUACAUUUUUGAUUUUUGGAUGACGAGUUGCCAAUGAGAAAUAUAUGAUUUUAAAAAGU